CAUUGAAUUCACUACGAUACCUUCAAAAAUACUCCGGGACUCUAAACAACGCAAACUCGUAUGUGCAAAUUAAAAUAAUUUUCAAUUUUCAAUUCAUUCGAAUGUAUCUUUGUUUGCUGGGAUAAUAAAAGAAUUCCACGAGGCACGGGCGCUCGUAGUUACGCGUAUGCAUCGAGCAACCACGCUAUCGCAAGCGCGGCGCAUCCACGGGGUCGAGCAGACGAAUCAGACGGCAUUGGCAUUGGGUCCUCGCCGAGAGGCCGAAACAUGGCGAGCCUCGAUGACUAGACGUGUACGGAGACGUGCUGUAAGCUGUACGCGCGAUUCCAUCGCUGACGUCGUCGUCGUUGUCUUUGUCCGGCGAUGGACCGUAGAGGAUCGACCGUGGAGGAGUGCUUCAAGGUAUCGCAGAUCCGUCAUCGCGGCGUCUGUUAGUGGUCGACGUCAGUUUGCCUCGUCGAGAAUCUUCGAUCGUGCUUAACCUACCGGGGAGCAGCCAAAGUUUGAAAGUCUUGACGAAAACUUUCGUAUGUGCUCUGAGAGAACUUCGCGUGGAGAGGAGAGGGGAACAAGAGAAUGUCAAUUACGGAAAAUGCUCCAUCAGUUUCUUCCAAGAGAAUGAUGGGAAUUGUUUGAUUACCUCUGUAGUGUUGCCUACUUUAUUUGCACCCAAGAGAUAAACUCAAGGUGUUGGGCAAUAGAUCAUGCAUCAGCAUGUAUAGUUUUGAGGGAGACUACAGGCGCAAGCCUCAGCAGAAUCUAUCAGGUGCUAGCAGGCGGGACGAGAGAGCCGUUCUCCUGCAGCACGCGCAGUUGGAGAGGCUAAAGAGAGAGCAGCAACGCAAGAAGCAUGAUGCAGCAUUGAAGAUACAGGCGCGUAUACGCAGCUUCAUCACCAGGAGGCUGGUGUGCGCGCUGAAGAGGAGGGAAUUUGAUGAGGCGCAGCAGGCAGUCGGACGUAGAAACCUGAGCCUGGAAGAGCUAGUGCCGUACCUGCGAAAACUGUUAUUCUUUUACGAUCACACUCUGGACGCCAACAGACUCAUAUGGGUUCUUCAACACUUACUGAAACACCAGGAAGAGAUUAAAUUGAAGUCGAUAAGUUCGUCGCAAUGGCUAUGGAGAUUGCGGUGGAUCCUUCGCAUGUGUAUGCGAUACAACACAGAGACGCCGAACGGAACGUACUCUUUGGCGAUACCGUUACGGGUUCUGGAGGUAUUCACAGCGCGAGAGGAUACAGAGAAGGUGCUACAUGAACACAGUUAUCGGCAUCUCGAGAGUAUAUUUGUCUAUCUGAUCCAGCACAACUAUUUCGAGCAGCUGCGAAAAUUGCUGGACGAAAAGGUGCCGCCGAUGGCGGAAGUGACGUCGGUUGCACCUACGCCGAUCUCUAAGUGCUUGUUGGACAUGAUUAAACGACCCGUGGACUUGAUUUCUUACGUGAAUCACAAGGAGACAUUUUCCACGCUCGUGCUACGGGAAUUAUGUGGCAGUGUAUUCUCACCUAGACUGUCCGAUCCGAUUCGUAUGUUUGUUGUGCCAGCACUGGCAGAAUUCAAAGACUUUCCGUAUAUCCAGUUGAUCGCUUGUAUCAAUCGACUUCAACUCGAACCUACGAUAAACCUGCUCUAUUGCGUACUGUUGUUGGAUUCGUCCAGUCAGUUCUCAUGGUGUGAGGAUGCGCUGACGAACUAUCUGCAAGUGCUUGCAUCCCUGAGUUCGACCAUCGUGCCGUUGAUGGCAGAGCAAAGUGUUUCGGAACGACAGCAGGCUGACAACGAUUCAGACAACGAAUCCAAUGGCAGCGUAACCGAUCAGGAGCAGGCCGACAUUCUGCGGCAAUGCGUCGAGAUGUUGAACGAGCAGCAGCGCGUAAAUAGCAUUUUAUCGACGGUUGAGCAGAGCCAAUCAGAUCCCUCUAUGCUGCUGCAACCACUGUGCCGGUUAUGCCAUCACUUGCUCAUCACCAAUAAGUUGGCCGUUCAAAAGUACAAACUGCUCUAUAUGCUCGCAUUCAAGCCGGUGUUCCUUAAACAUCUGUGGACCAGUUUAGCAUCAAUUCGCCAGACGUCGUUGUUCGGUGGUGGUGUCGCCACGUCUCUCCUGCAGAUUAUAUCCCGCGGAAUCGCCCUCUCGACGGAGGACACCGACAGGAUAGUCCCGUUACUGGCGGUGUUUUGCUCGUUGUUUAGUCUGCUGAUCGCAACGUUACACGACACCGAGUUCUUCCUUGAUCAAACCUCCGCGGUGGAGCACAUGUCCAACAACCGGCAGCAGCACGCGAUGCCCUUCACCAUAGCGGAGCUAGCAGUGCUGUCCGGUCACUUAAAGGGCGUUUGCCUGGGUCUGGUGGAACUCGCGUUUCCCGAUACUCGGCCUACGGUGCGCGACGACUACAAGACCGCUGUGCUGGGUCCUACGUCCGCUGUUCAGUGCCGACACGACACGCAGAUCUGGACGCAUUUGUUUAAGGUUACGGUGGGUCUUUUACGACAAUUACACACGCGUGAUCUAAGGCGGCAAUUUUGUCCGGAAGGUCACUGGAUCGCAUCCAACGUCGUCAUUCCCAUUGACAAACCACAAGACUUUGCAUUUCGCAGACGCCGACUACGUGGAUACGUACCCUUCCAGAAUCUCAGGGCCUUCACGAGGGAGGAGUUCGAGGAGGGACCACCACUCUCGGCGACAGAAGUGCGAACAUUGACGCUGUUGCGCGAGAUACCGUUUGUCGUACCGUUCAACAAUCGCGUAGUGGUGUUCCAGUCAUUGAUCUACAAGGACAAGGCGGAGCAGCAGGGCGAACUCGCACACUUCAUGCAGGGCCCAUCGAUACAGAUUUCCGUGAGACGAAACUACCUCUACGAAGAUGCUUUUGAUAAACUGUCACCGGAAAACGAGCCGGAACUGCGGUUGAAAAUGCGAGUGCAGUUAGUCAAUACCGCGGGAUUGGAAGAAGCUGGUGUCGAUGGCGGCGGUCUAUUCAGGGAGUUUUUGUCCGAACUGCUAAAGACCAGUUUUGAUCCUAACCGUGGCUUCUUCAAACUCACCAAGGACAAUAUGCUAUACCCAAAUCCCACGGUGCAAUUGCUGGUUGACGACUUCCCGAAACAUUACUACUUCAUUGGCAGGAUUUUGGGGAAGGCGCUAUACGAGAAUCUUCUAGUAGAAUUGCCGUUCGCCGAGUUCUUCUUGUCGAAGAUCGUCGGACGUCAAUCAGAUGUGGAUGUGCACCACUUGGCCUCCCUCGAUCCCAUCAUGUAUCGCAAUCUCCUCUACCUGAAAAGUUACAAGGGCGAUGUGGCAGACCUCGGGCUGGAUUUCACCGUGCUCAGUGACGAGCUUGGCGAAAGGCGAGUCGAGGAGUUGAAGCCGAGCGGCGCCAACAUUCCGGUGACGAAUCAUAAUCGCAUCGAGUACAUUCACCUGAUGGCCGAUUAUAAACUGAACAAGCAGAUACGUGCGCAGUGUUUUGCGUUCAAACAGGGAAUCGGCAGCGUGGUGCCGCUCGACUGGCUACAGAUGUUCAACAACAAGGAAUUGCAGGUGCUCAUAUCGGGCGCGCAGAUUCCCGUGGACGUGAAGGACUUGAUGUUACACACGAAUUACACUGGCGGAUACGCAUUCGAUCAUCCGACCAUCACCGCCUUCUGGAAGGUCGUCAACGAGUUCAAUGAUCAGCAGAAGGGUCAACUUCUUAAGUUCGUCACCAGUUGCAGUCGCCCUCCUCUCCUAGGAUUCAAGGAACUUGAUCCACCGUUCUGUAUCCAACACGCCGGCACCGUGGAUCGUUUGCCGACCUCGAGUACCUGUAUGAACUUACUGAAACUUCCCGAGUUUCCGGAUGAGAAAACUCUACGCGAGAAACUCCUAUAUGCGAUACAAGCCGGCGCGGGUUUUGAGCUCAGUUAGAGAUUUUUUAUUUCACUUUUCCUAAUAUUCAUUUGAUCCAAACGUGUAAAUAUAAUGUAUAAUUCGGUGAGUACACAGUACAAGGUAUAAUGAGGAGAAAAUAUCACGGCGACUUCGGUCACAUUGUAUUUUACGUGAGUUAGAACCUCAUACAAGGAUUCUCAUGGUGAAAAGCGGUGAAGAUUAUUAUUAAUAUUAACAGGAGGGGCCAAUUAUAUAGACACUAAGAAAUAGUAUCUACCAACGGAGAUUAUCGUCGAUGUCACUUCGACGUUCCGCCGUUUGUAAAAAAAAAUAAAGAAGACACGAGACGUUUGGUGUGUGUGUGUGUGUGUGUGUAUAACGUAUGUCGCAAAGCGCGUACGGAUAUUUUUUUGGUUUUCAAUUUUUCUUACCACCUUUGGCCUACGAUUGUAUAAAUCAUGUAUAUUUUUAUUGUUUUAUAUAUUCGCCAUGUGAUUUUGUCACAACGACUGCUAUUUUACUUCAAAUGUAUGCGAGAGAAUAAAUGUAUGUAUUUAUGAGGUAUUGUUAAGUGUAAAUAAAAUAUCUUAAAGUGUUAAAAAAA